GAGGGAAGAAGAAGAAGAAGGGGGUGAGGGGGCUCGAACCCCAGGUGGCCGGCCGGCGGGAAGGCCGACCGGGGAUGGCGACCCGCCCCCCGGCGAGCCGCUGAGUGACGACGCUCGGCUCCCCCUCGGCGCCUGAUGGACCCGCGCCGCGGCGGGCCGGUUGCGGCGCCCCCGGCCGCCGGGGGCCAGCAGGCCACGGCGGCGGCCUCCUCUUCCUCCUCCUCCGCGUCGUCGUCGUCGCACGCCAAAUCCUUGGCCUUCUCCAUCGAACGGAUCAUGGCCCGGACGCCCGAACCCAAGGCCGUCCCGCUGCCCGGUUGGCUCCGCCCGGCGCCGGCGCCGCCGGCGGGGCUGCCCGACUCGCGCCCGUCUUCGCUGCACUGCAUGAUCCCGCUGGUUCCGUUCGGCUACGCGGAGCAGCACCGGCUGGCCCUCCACCAGGAAGCGGCGGCGGCGGCGGUGGCGGAGCCGCCCGGCUUCGGACUCCGCGAGCCCGUCCGCAUCCAGCCGGACGGAGGCCACUACAAACUGUUCCGGCCCCGCGUGGUGACCCAAUCGGCGUUCCCGUCGCGAGGUACCGUGUGCUACCUCAACUGCGGCGGCGGCGGCGCCGGGGCCGCGGACGCCGGGGCCGCGGGGCUCCUCAACCUGCACCCGAUGGCCUCCUACCUGCUGGCCGGCAGGCACAAGCCGGGCCCGCUGCCCUACCAAGCCGCGCAGAACCACCUGCAGAACCUCAUCAAGGAGCGCGACUUUGGAGAGAAGAUUCUCAAGAACUCGUCGUCCGCCGCCGCCGCCGCCGCCGCCGCGGCGAGGCUCGCGGGAGGAAAACCCAAAGUGUUCACCUGUGAAGUCUGCGGAAAAGUGUUCAACGCGCACUACAACUUGACUCGCCACAUGCCGGUGCACACCGGCGCCCGCCCGUUCGUCUGCAAAGUCUGCGGGAAAGGCUUCCGACAGGCCAGCACCCUCUGCAGACACAAGAUCAUACACACUCAGGAAAAGCCUCACAAGUGCAGCCAGUGCGGCAAAGCCUUCAACCGCAGCUCCACGCUCAACACGCACACGCGGAUCCACGCCGGCUACAAGCCUUUCGUUUGCGAGUUCUGCGGCAAAGGCUUCCACCAGAAAGGCAACUACAAGAACCACAAGCUGACCCACAGCGGCGAGAAGCAGUUCAAGUGCUCCAUCUGCAGCAAGGCCUUUCACCAAGUCUACAACCUCACCUUCCACAUGCACACGCACAACGACAAGAAGCCCUUCACCUGCCCCACCUGCGGCAAAGGAUUCUGCCGCAACUUCGACCUCAAGAAGCACGUGCGCAAGCUGCACGACCACGCCGCCGCCAUCGGCGCCCAGCGGGCCGCCGCGCCCACGCCCGGCGCCGCCCAGCAGCUGUGAGGCUCUCAAGCCGCGGCCCCCGUUGCCAACAACAAACGGUCGCUCCUCGUUUCUUUGGUUUCCGUCAUACGACCUCGAUCGCCGAAAGGGGGUCCCAGACCCCCCCCCUCGGGAAGUCUGAUUCCGCAGAUACUUUGUUGUUCUUAUUUUUUCAAGUCAAGUCAACUUUAUUGUCAAAUGUGCUUCAUGUGCAACGUACAGCACCCAUGACAUGUCUUUCCUCUCAACCACAAGGAGAGAGAGAGGAGCCGCUGCGGGUGCCCGGAACAGUUAACAUAAAAUGACAAAAUAUAAAAUGACAACACAUAAGACACCAAGACAGUCGUGCAAUCGUAACCAAUUCUUUGUUUGAAGUAUUUCUAAAUGAAAGAGGAGCCAAUCAAAGUGUCCUUUCACCGGUGGGUCGCAGACGUCAUGCUGAAAAUGUGCAAAGAAAAAUGUGCAAAGCAAACGAGAAGCUGUAGCAUCCGUCGACGAAAAAAAAAAAGAGAUUAGCUCACGCCUCCCGUCCCCAUGUAAAUCCGCUUCAAUUCCAAGCGGCGACUUUUAUCAUGUGGCUUUCAAAGUAAAAGCAGAUAUUUGCAAAUGUCUUAUUUAGGAGGGAAAAAAAAACCCAAACACAAUCAGUCUGAUUUCGGUAAUCAGAGAAUGUUUUCCGUUCCUUGGAAUUUGGACUGGUUUAAGCUAAUCGUGUCAUUGUUCCUGGUUCCUGGAUCCUGGAUCAAAAGUCCCACUUCCCCAUAGCAGGCUCUUCAAUUUCGAUCCAAACACAAUAGUCUUGCCAUAGUUCUUGGUUCUAGCUCUUUCCUCCAAAUUGAAAGUUCCAGGAAAUUUUGAUUCCUGUUGCUAGCAGUCCCUCGGACCAAAAAAAAAAAAAAAAAGUUUUCGGAACUUUUCCAUCUUUCUUCUUCUUGUUCCAGGAACUCUCAAAUGUUCCCAUCAAAGAAGCCCCAAUCUGACAGACGCUACCCCCAAAGUUCCUGGCCCUCUUAAAAGCACCCCCCCCCCCCCCCACUUUUAGCAAGCUGUUCUUUUGGCCCCAAUAAAUUAUCGCCCUCUGGUGGAAAUACGCAAAGAGACAUGACUGACAAUCAGCACUGAGUUGAUGUAAAUUGAUCAACCCGAUUACCUCGUAGGGUCAUCUUUUGCCCCCUCCGCACCCCCGACAAGUUCCACAGUCAACUCCCGGUCGUGCAAAUGCACUCUAUGACAAAAUGGCGUCUCUUUCUUGGUAGUGACGGAGAGACACACUCGGCAUGGAUGAUGUCAUUCAUGGCUGUCUUAUGACACGACUGCCCCUUGUGGACAAAAAGUGAAAUGACAUGAACAAAGACAGAAGACUUCCUGUUCCAAAGCUGCAAUCCCACCGCGAAUUGACGGAACUUUUUAGUUCUUGGUACUUGAAUCUCCCAGUGGGAGGAAUCCCGCCCUGGUUUUCCUUAGCAAGUGUCGCCGCUGUUUUGAUUUUGUUUGAAUGGUUAAAUUAAAUAAAUGUCAUUGUUGUCAUUUC